CGGGAGGCUCCGGCUGCGCGGCGGGAGCGUGGGAUCCGGCCGCGCUGCCCUCCCGCCCCUCAUAAAGCUUUGAUGAGACACUUGAGACGCCGCCUGUGUUGCCGAGGCGGCGGGAGGCGGUCGGUGGGACUGGGCGCCCGGGAGAGGAUGUAACUUCCCGGAGGGGACCCGGACAGGCUUUGUGUGGACGACAAGUUCCACCAAGUGAGAAGAGUGAUGACCAUCCUUUUCUUUACUAUGGUUAUCUCAUACUUCACUUGCAUGAAAGCUGCCCCAAUGAAAGAAGCCAGUCUAAGAGGACAAGGCAGCUUGGCUUACCCAGGUCUCCGGACCCACGGGACUCUGGAGAGCAUAAAUGGGCCCAGUGCCGGUUCCAGGGGACUGACAUCGUUGGCAGACACUUUUGAGCAUGUCAUAGAGGAGCUUCUAGACGAGGAGCAGGACGUCCAGCCCAGCGAGGGAAACAAGGAUGCAGACUUGUACACAUCCCGAGUGAUGCUAAGCAGCCAAGUGCCUUUGGAACCCCCACUGCUGUUCCUGCUGGAGGAGUACAAAAACUACCUGGAUGCCGCCAACAUGUCCAUGCGCGUGCGGCGCCACUCCGACCCCGCGCGCCGCGGGGAGCUGAGCGUCUGCGACAGCACCAGCGAGUGGGUGACGGCCGCCGAGAAAAAGACUGCGGUGGACAUGUCCGGGGCCACCGUCACCGUCCUGGAGAAAGUCCCUGUGCCCAAAGGCCAGCUGAAGCAAUACUUCUACGAGACCAAAUGCAACCCCAAAGGGUACACAAAGGAGGGCUGCAGGGGCAUAGACAAGAGGCACUGGAACUCGCAGUGCCGAACUACGCAGUCUUACGUGAGAGCUCUCACCAUGGAUAACAAAAAGAGAGUUGGCUGGCGCUUCAUAAGGAUAGACACUUCUUGUGUAUGUACAUUGACCAUUAAAAGGGGAAGAUAGUGGAUUCGUGUUGUAUAGAUUAUAUUGAGACAAAAUUAUCUAUUUGUAUAUAUACAUAACAGGGUAAAUUAUUCGGUAAAAAAUAAUUUUAUGGACUGCAUGUAUGACUGAAGUUUAUACAGUUCAGUGGUUACACAAUCUAUUUAUUGAACAUAUCCAUGACCUGAAGGGGAACAAUAGUCAUUUGCGCACAAGUUUAAACAAAGAAACAAACAAAAAAAAAAAACCACACCAAAAAAAAAAAGAAAAUCAAGCAAACAGAAAAGUCUGCAUUACAUUCCUCCAUAACAUUGUGGUUUGUCGCCGUUGCCAAGAAUUGAAAAUAUAAAAAAUUUAAAAAAAAAAGGAAUAAAAUUGCAUGCUGCUUCAAUUGUGAAUUAAUGAUAAACUGUCCUCUUUCAGAAAAAUAAAUUGAACCAAAACAUUCUGUUUACAUUUUAGACAGUAUCUUUAGUCUGUUAGUAUAUAUGUUUACUGCUUCUGACUUCUGAUAGUUGAAAUUAAAACAAUGUCAAGGUGCUGUUGUCAUAGUUUUACUGUUUCUCUUUUACUUUUCAACUCCCAUCAGAUUGAAAAACAAAAAAAUCAUUACCUUAUUCUGGAUUAGAAAAAAAUUUGGUUUUUGUAUGUCGUGAAGGUGUUUGCAAUAGCAGUCCGACUACUGACAAAAAAUAAUAAAAAGAGGCAACUGAAAAAGAAUGGUGAUGUUCCACUUCACAUUGUUGAACUUCAGGCUUAAAGGCAACACUUAUUUAAC